UGCUUUAGAGAUACAAUAUCCUCAGCUUUCAGCCUGGUGUUACAAAGUUCUCCUCUCAAGUUUAACAUCGAACUUUGUACCACAAAACAAACAGGUCUGAUUGGUCUAUGUUUGACCAAUCAGCUUGCUUUGUUUACAAGAAUCAGUCAGAGGGAUCCAACAAAGUGAACCUUGUGAUUUGUCAUUCAUUCUGGAACAGGACAACUACAUGUGGUCAUCAUGAACAGAGCAUGGGCUUUGUUCAAAUCCCAUCCAUACAUCUCCAAUGUGGUGGGAUACACAACGCUUUUCGCCACAGCAGACCUCAUUCAGCAAAGCACGAUGGGAAAAGCUCAGGACAAAGGGACAACAUAUAAACUGGAUCAAGUGGGACAAGACACCUCCAACACAUCCACUGAGGGAUUUACUAUGGCUGAGGAAGCAAAGACAGAUGAUGAUAGCAAAAAAAGUGACUCAGAAGGAAAUAUAAAAGCUUUUCCUGUACAACAUGCUUCACAGCUUCACAGCAUCGACUGGGCCCAGACCGCUCGAGUAGCAAUGGUUGGGUUCUGUUUCCAUGCCAACUUCAAUUACCAUUGGUUGCGGGCACUGGAGAGGAUGUUUCCAGGAGGAGGAACCAGAAGAGUGUCGAUUAAAGUGUUUCUGGACCAGUUGUUUGCAGCUCCAAUGACAAUAAGUGCUUUCUACAUUGGGUUGAGCACACUGGAGGGUGCAGAGGAUCCCCUUGAAGAUUGGAGAAAUAAAUUCUGGACCUCUUAUAAGACUGGAGUAGUGUAUUGGUCAACAAUGCAGGCUGUGAACUUCUCACUGAUCCCGCCGGUGGCUCGUACUGUUUUUGUUGGAGGAGUCGCUCUUGGCUGGACUGUCUUCUUGUGUCAUUUCAAGCAACAGAAGAGUGACUUCUUGAGCUAGGCUUUAUUCUGGAGCUCAUUGGCCUAAAAUUUAGCCAAAACAUGGACUUUCUUAAAUCAACAUAUGCAACAUACAAUGCAUAUAUGUUACUAUGUGCAUAUUAAAUAUAAUCAAUGUUGGGAAGGUUACUUUAGAAAUGUAAUAAGCUGCAGAUUACAAGUUACCCUAUUUAAAAUGUAACGGCGUGUUUGGGCGCGUUUCACUACUCACCACUGUGUGUGUGCACUUGGAUGGGUUAAAUGCAGAGCACAAAUUCCGAGUAUGGGUCACCAUACUUGGCCACAUGUCAUGUCCUUUCUUUUUCCUUUCCUUACUCCCUAACGCUACAGUCUAACACUAUACCCUAACACUAUAACACAAUAGCCACCUUAUUUUUCAAAGCUGUUUUCUGGUAAUGUGUUAGAUUUCCAGUUCAUAAGCCACUGUAGAGAAUUAUGUGCAGUAAACGAUAAAACUUUUUGCACUACAAACCAUUGUAUUCAUAAUUAAGAUAAUACAUUAAAAUAAUAUGGUAAGACACACCAGUUUGCAAUAUCAAGCAGCAAAAUGAGCUGUUUAAAACAGCUGGAAGCAGAUGAGACCGAAAGCCAGACACAUUCAAUUUACAAAUGGCCAUGCAUACUCUUACGGGAAAAAUAAGGUGGACAAUUGAUGCAUUAAAACUGGCGGAAGUUUUAAAAACAUGUGAUUUGAACAAAUAAUUUUGGUUGACUUCAUUCCACCACAAAUGAAUAAAUCUUUUAAAUUAUUCCAAUUACUACAUAAUAAACAUACAUUAUUGCUUA